GGCGGGAGGCGGCGACGGCGGUGGCUCUGAAGGGGGUGCGAGAUGCGCUCGGAGAACGAGGCGGCCGGUGGGGCCGAGGGCUUCGGAGCGGCUGUCGCUGCUCGGGGCUCGAGUGGGAGAGUGAAGCCGCCGGCGUCCGCCCCCCGAGGGGGACCGGCCAUGGAGAUCCAGCUCCGGCGGGAGCCCGAGACACCGCCCUUCACCUCCGGCUGUGGGGGUGGUGGGAGCGGCGCGGGCAAAUCGCGCGAGGAGAAGAGGGCGAUUCUGAGCAAGGUAGUCAUACGGCGGCUUCCUCCCAGUCUCACCAAGGAGCAGCUGGAGGAGCAGCUACAUCCACUUCCUGCACACGAUUAUUUUGAAUUCUGUGCUGCUGAUCUUAGUCUUUAUCCUCAUCUCUACUCAAGAGCGUACAUUAAUUUUAGAAAUCCUGAUGACAUCCUUCUUUUUAGAGAUCGUUUUGAUGGAUAUAUCUUCAUUGACAGUAAAGGCCUAGAAUAUCCUGCAGUAGUAGAAUUUGCUCCUUUCCAAAAGAUAACCAAAAAGAAGCUGAAGAAAAAAGAUGUCAAAGCCGGAAGCAUUGAAGAUGAUCCAGAAUAUAAGAAGUUUUUAGAAACUUACUGUGUGGAAGAAGAGAAAACUAGUGCUAAUCCUGAGACUCUUCUGGGAGAGAUUGAGGCUAAGACAAGAGAACUCAUUGCUAGAAGAACUACACCUCUUUUGGAAUACAUUAAAAAUAGAAAAUUAGAAAAGCAGAGAAUUCGAGAAGAGAAGCGAGAAGAACGAAGGAGGAGGGAAUUAGAAAAGAAACGUCUGCGAGAAGAAGAGAAAAGAAAAAGAAGAGAAGAAGAAAGAUGUAAGAGAAAAGAGGCAGACAAACAAAAGAAAAUUGUUGAGAAAGAAAUAAGGAUCAAGGAUCGGCCAGCCGUGCAGAUAUACCAGCCCGGAGUCCGCGUCAGAGCACGUGGGGGUUCCUCAAGCCAAACCUGGGAGAGUGGUGGAAAACCCUCCGAGGGGAGCUGGGAGGGGAGGAAGUCUGAGGCCGAAACUUCACUGGGAGCCGCUUCUGAGAAGAGCGAAGAGGUAGAGUAAACCCACGUCCAACCUAAGUUGGUGAACGUAUGAACUUGCCAUUCAGUUUUCCAGAGAUGAGAAAGGGCAUUCCUGAAAUCUGUAAAUUACCCUGGAAUAUAAUGUGUCCAAUAAAUGAACCCUUACAGGGAAACGAAAUACAGAGGGGUGGCCUACAGACGUCUAGAAACCACUCCUAAGAAACAAGUAUCUUUUUUCAAUUCAGCAGAUUUUUCGUUGAUUUUCCCAUUUCCAGUAUAAACUAAUAUUUAUCAUUUAACCAAACAGAGGAAAUGAUCUUCUUCAGAAAGUAGGAAAGUAUGACCAAAACAGGGAAGAGAGUUGGUACUCUAUCAGUGUGAAUUCUGAAGCACUUUCAGUAUGUUGUAGAAUAACUUGCACAUUUUACACAUUUGGAAGCAUGUGAGCUGUAGGACUCUGUGUCUUAUAGUGCUUCUUGUUAAUUUUCUAUGAGCCAGUCAGGGAAGUGAGUGAUUCUCAUUUCAUUGUAACCUUUGUGGUUCAGCCACUUCUGCGCCUUCUGUUAUAAACAUUUCCCAAGUUUUGUUAUAUUUUAGAGUAGACCCUCUAACAGGAACCCUAACACUAUAGAAGAUCCAACAGCUUAAAUUAUUGCCAUUUUAACAAUGUGGUCACUGACUUUCUGAAAAAGUUUCACAGUCUUUGAUCAGUGUGUUCACAUUGUGUACCCAUUAUGGUGUAAGAAUUUGCUUAAGAUAGCAUAAAUGUCAUCAUUUGGAGGCAUGGACAACCUAGAUAUGGCAUCAAGAGUCUUUCUUUUUGCAGUUUGAGACAGCUUUCUUUUUAAAUAAUUUAAUGUAUCUAUCUGAAACUACACAUUCUAAGUGUUUCUCCUUUUAGAGACAUUUUUAAAUGUUACUGCAUUUUUGACACUGUGCUUUGAACCUUUUAUUAAAUAAAACCUAUUGUUGCUAUGGAUUCUAAGUCCAGUUAUGGUACUUCUCCUACAUUAAAUUUUACAUUAUCAAAUAUUGCUUUUUAAAAUGUGGUUUUAGUUAUCUAAGUAUUUUGCUGAUUAUAUCCAUUCCAUGUUAUUUAUUAAUUAUCAAAUGUUUCCAUUUAUCAAAACCUAAGACUUAGCCCUUUAUCAUUAAAAACAAUUUUUGAUUGUUGGACAUAUGGUCAGUGCCAGAGAGGUGGCAAAGCUAUGCUCUUGGCUCCUGAGUUGUAAGAAUUUGAGUUGGGAGAGGGAACGUCUUGCUAUGAAUUGAAUGAGGACCGUGUGACCCAAGCUGAACCAACUUGGUCUACCAAAGGAUACUCAGACAACCCUUUUCUGUAAAGGGCUGUUUUAGUUUUCUAACUGCUACAAAAAUGCCAUACAAUGGUUUGGCUUAAACAACAGGAGUAUAUUAGCUUUUGAGGCUAAAGUCCAAAACCGAGACGUCAGAAAGGCAGUACUUUCUCCCAGAAGACCGUGGUGUUCUGGGGAUGGCUGACUGUGAUCCUUGGUCCUUGACUUUUCUGUUGCAUGGCAGUGGACAUGGUGGCAUCAUCUUUCUCUUCUGUUUUCUAUCGACUCCCAGCUCUGGCUGUUCCCUGUUGUCACUUCUCUCUUGUCCUUCACUCUGCCUCUAAAGGACUCAAUCCAGACUGAAGCCCAGCCUGACUCAGUGGGCCACACAUUAACUGAAGAAACAUCUUGAAGAGUUCUUACUCAUAAAGGGUGCACCCCCACAGGAUCAGAAGUUGGGACCAGAACAUACCUUUUGUGGGAGGCAUGAUUCAGUCCCCAACAAGGGCCAUAUGGUUGCAACUGCUAAGCUCUGCCUUUGUAGCAUGACAGCAGCUAUUGACAAUAGAUAAAUGAAAGGAUAUGACUGUGUUCCAACAAAACUUAAUUUACAAAAACAGAGUGGUGAUCCAUUUUGGCUUUGAUCUGGAGACUUGCAGACUCAAGAGUCAGGGAAGUGCAUACCCGUUUCUAACAUCUGCCAUCCUUUGAUUCUAUUAGUUUGUUGGCUUCUUUGUAUUUAGUGCCUCAUGCUCCCUGGAGGUUUUUUUGUUCUCAUUUUCAAAAAUGGUGGUUUAAAACAGUGGUUCUCAAACAUUUAGUCCACAGGAUUUUUUUACAUUCUUAAUUGGCAACCCCAAAGAGUUUUUGUUUAUUUUUGGGUUAUAUCUAUUGAUAUUUGCUUUAUUUGAAAUUAAAGCAAAUGUUUAAAAUACAAUAACAUACAAACACAUGUUCUAUUUAGUUGUCAGAGUGAUAACUUCAUCACAUAUCAUGUAGCCUCUAGAAAACUCCACCGUACAUUCAUGAGAAAAUACGAAAGGCGAAUAAUUUCUUAGCAUUAAUAUAAAAGUAGUUUUGACCUCAAGGACUCCCUGAAAAAGUCCAGGACCUCUCCCCAGAGAUUCCCAGAAGACACAAUGAGAACCACUGGUUUAAAACAACAAUACAUUUUUAUGGUGGUUUACGUUCUUAUAAAAUAAUUCCAUAUACAACUUCCGUAUACAAUACUCAGUUUAGGCUUACUCAUUUUUAAGACUAAUUGAACAGCACACACAUCCUCUCCUUUUGAUAAAUGUGGAAACAGGUUUAGAGAUGUCUAGCAACUUCUGGCUAAGAUCAAAAGCUGUUCACAUACUUACAAAAUUUUUCUUACCAACUACAAAAAAAACUUUUGAGUUAAUCAUAUGUUUACAAAACAGUAAAAAAAAAAAUGUGAAGGAAAGAAUUUCCUUAACAUGGGAAUUAUCCCAUGGGAAGUAAAGUGCAUCAUUUUGAGGCAGGAUUAAAGUUGUCAGUAUGACUAAGAGGCUGUUUGGGGGUUGGACUCAGUAUUUUAGAUGUUUAGUAAUUCUUUUGCAAAAGUUUCCUCUGAUGUUGUGUAUUGUUUCUCAUCCAAAAUGAGUCUUUGGUUUUAUUCAACUAUUUAGUAGUUUUAAUAAUUAUAUUCUAAAUAUGCAUAUGGCAAGGGGGAGAAGUUGAGGUAACUAGCAGUGUUUUGAUUGCUGAGAGCCUUGUGAGUAGAUGAUAAACAUCAACUGACUGGAGUAGUUUUUCAAAGCUGAUAUGAAAUAGGCACCUUGAAAAAUAUUUACUGUCUUUGGAAGAAGUUUUCUUUUAAUAAAGUACAUUUUGAGCAA